GUUCUCGGGCCGCGUCCUCCGUCCCCUCUCGGACCCCGGCCCGGCCCUGGGCCUGUCGGGACUUGUAGUCCCCGGGCGGCGGCCGCGCGCGGCGCGGAGGACGCGGGGCGCCGCCCGCGCCCGCCUCCCGCGAACCUGCAGGCCGAGGCGGGGGGCCCCGGGAGGCGCCGUCGGGCCGGUGAUUGGCCGAGGCCGCCCCCAGCCCCCUCCCCGGCCCCUCCCCCGCGCGGCGGGCGGCGACCGAGCGAGCGCGCGUGCAGCCGCCGCCGCCCCAGCUCCGCAGCUCCCGCAGCUCGGCCGCCGAGGGACCGCGGAGAGACGCACGCCCGGGCGAGCCCCGCAGCCGCAGCAUCCCGGCAGAGACCAUGCUCGCCAACUCCGCCAGCGUGCGCAUUCUCAUCAAGGGGGGCAAGGUGGUGAACGAUGACUGCACCCACGAGGCCGACGUCUACAUCGAGAAUGGCAUCAUCCAGCAGGUGGGCCGCGAGCUCAUGAUCCCCGGUGGCGCCAAGGUGAUCGACGCCACCGGGAAGCUGGUCAUCCCUGGCGGCAUCGACACCAGCACCCACUUCCACCAGACCUUCAUGAAUGCCACGUGCGUGGACGACUUCUACCACGGCACAAAGGCGGCGCUGGUGGGCGGCACCACCAUGAUCAUGGGCCUGGUCCUGCCCGACAAGGAGGCCUCGCCUGUGGAUGCCUACGAAAGGUGCCGGGCGCUGGCCGACCCCAAGGUCUGCUGUGACUACGCCCUCCACGUGGGAAUCACCUGGUGGGCACCCAAGGUAAAAGCCGAAAUGGAGACGCUGGUGAGGGAGAAGGGCGUCAACUCGUUCCAGAUGUUCAUGACCUACAAGGACCUGUACAUGCUGCGGGACAGCGAGCUGUACCAAGUGCUGCACGCCUGCAAGGACAUCGGGGCCAUCGCCCGGGUGCAUGCAGAGAACGGGGAGCUGGUGGCCGAGGGUGCCAAGGAGGCGCUCGACUUGGGAAUCACGGGCCCGGAGGGAAUCGAGAUCAGCCGCCCCGAAGAGCUAGAAGCUGAAGCCACGCACCGUGUCAUCACCAUCGCCAACAGGACUCACUGUCCCAUCUACCUGGUCAGCGUGUCCAGCAUCUCGGCCGGCGACGUGAUCGCAGCUGCUAAGAUGCAAGGGAAGGUGGUGCUGGCCGAGACCACCACGGCCCACGCCACGCUGACGGGCCUGCACUACUACCACCAGGACUGGUCCCACGCCGCCGCCUACGUCACGGUGCCACCCCUGAGACUCGACACCAACACCUCCACCUACCUCAUGAGCCUGCUGGCCAAUGACACUCUGAACAUCGUGGCGUCGGACCACCGGCCUUUCACCACCAAGCAGAAGGCCAUGGGCAAGGAGGACUUCACCAAGAUCCCGCACGGCGUCAGCGGCGUGCAGGACCGCAUGAGCGUGGUCUGGGAGCGCGGAGUGGUGGGAGGCAAGAUGGAUGAGAACCGUUUUGUGGCCGUCACCAGCUCCAAUGCAGCGAAGAUCCUCAACCUGUAUCCCCGCAAGGGCCGCAUCAUCCCCGGAGCCGACGCCGACGUGGUGGUGUGGGACCCAGAGGCCACCAAGACCAUCUCGGCCAGCACCCAGGUGCAGGGAGGCGACUUCAACCUCUAUGAGAACAUGCGCUGCCAUGGCGUCCCGCUGGUCACCAUCAGCCGGGGCCGCGUCGUGUACGAGAACGGCGUCUUCAUGUGCGCCGAGGGCACUGGCAAGUUCUGUCCCCUGAGGUCCUUCCCGGACACCGUGUACAAGAAGCUGGUGCAGAGGGAGAAGACCCUGAAGGUGAAGGGCGUGGACCGCACCCCCUACCUGGGCGACGUGGCAGUCGUGGUGCACCCUGGGAAGAAGGAGAUGGGCACGCCGCUCGCGGACACCCCGACCCGGCCCGUCACCCGGCACGGGGGCAUGAGGGACCUGCACGAGUCCAGCUUCAGCCUCUCCGGUUCUCAGAUUGACGACCACGUUCCAAAGCGGGCCUCGGCUCGGAUCCUCGCUCCCCCGGGGGGCAGGUCCAGCGGCAUCUGGUAAAGGCGCCGAGCAGGCCCCCCCGAGAGAGGACGCGCCGCUCCACCAACCCGCACCCCCUCCGGCCGGCCGCAGCUGUGGGCGGGAGAGGCGGGGCGGGGGCGCCACCCCAGGGCCCCUCCCCACUGCCAUGUGAGUCACUGUGCUUCGAGCCCACCCGACAGGCACUCGGACACGACU